AUGUUACUUUGGGAACUUGUUUAUCAGAAAAUACCAUAUAAAGAAUUUAAAGUGAAUGAUAUUAAUGAUUAUGUGUUGUCUGGUAAACGAGAAGUUUUAAAGAUUGGGGUAAAAGACAGAGAAAUUCAACAUGGAUUAAUUGAAAUUAUUAAAAAAGAUGACAAUAAAGCAGAUCACAAGAAUUAUAGUAUAUUUAUACCUAAAGAAAACAUUACAGAUGAACCAAUGCAAAGAAAUAAUAUUGAAUCAGAAUCUGAUUUUAAAAGAAUUUUAAGUACAUAA